AUGGACCCUGGAAAUCAUUCCACAGUGACUGAAUUCACCCUCGCUGGACUGACAGAACAGCCAGAACUCCAGCUGCCCCUUUUCUUCCUCUUCCUAGGAAUCUAUGUGGUCACAGUGGUGGGGAACCUUGGCAUGAUCACACUGAUAGGGCUCAGUUCUCACCUACACACCCUUAUGUACUAUUUCCUCAGCAGCUUGUCCUUCAUUGAUCUGUGCCAUUCCACUGUCAUUACCCCCAGAAUGAUGGUAAACUUUGUGGCAGAGAAGAACACCAUCUCCUACCCUGAAUGCAUGACUCAGCUCUAUUUCUUCCUUCUUUUUGCUAUCUCGGAGUGUUACAUGUUGGCUGCAAUGGCAUAUGACCGCUAUGUUGCCAUCUGUAGCCCCUUGCUUUAUAAUGUCAUCAUGUCCCAUCGGGCCUGUUUCUCUCUGGUUUGGGGGGUGUAUAUGAUAGGCCUGGUUUGUGCAUUUGCUCAUACAGGCUGCCUAAUUAGACUUCAUUUUUGCAAAUUUGAUGUGAUCAACCAUUAUUUCUGCGAUCUUCUUUCCUUACUAAAACUCUCCUGUUCCAGUACCUAUGCCAACGAAUUACUAAUUCUAAUCUUUAGUGCAAUUAACAUCCUUGCCCCAACCCUAAUCAUCCUUAGCUCCUACAUCUUCAUCAUUGCCCACAUUCUCCACAUCCGUUCCACUGAAGGCAAGUCCAAAGCCUUUAGCACUCGCAGCUCCCACAUCUUGGCUGUUGCUGUCUUCUUUGGAUCUGCAGCAUUCAUGUACCUGCAGCCAUCAUCUGUGAGCUCCAUGGACCAAGGGAAAGUAUCUUCUGUGUUUUAUACUAUUGUUGUGCCCAUGUUAAAUCCCCUGAUCUACAGCCUAAGGAAUAAAGAUGUCAGUGUUGCCCUGAAGAAAAUGUUAGACAGAAAAAUAUUCUUGUGA